AUGAAGUUCUACAUUGUUCUCGCUCUGGCUCUCGUAGCCUUCGUGGCCAUCGCUGUGGCGGAAGAUGACAUCGAUUCGAAAGCGAAGAAGGGUGUCAUGAAAAGUGUAGCCGAAUUAAAAGAAUUCUUUGCAAGUGAUCCAAUGGGGCAAAAAUUGGCUUCUAUUUGCAAGGAGCUGAAAGAUUUCUUCCUUUUGGCCAGGACAAAAGCUCGAUCGGCUUUAAGAGAUUAUGUCAAAAGGUUGAUGGAUGAAGGGGAGUAG